UCACCUGUGUUUUGGAGCCGUAUCGAGUCUCGACUCAAAACCCACCACUUAAAUAGUGGUCAUUUAAUUGGUCGGCUGGCACGCGUCCUCCCUCGUGCACGCGUCGAAAGUCAUCUCGACUGCAUUUACCACCAACAGCCCUUCCUCCAUAGACUUCACGCAGCCAGCAUUUCAAAGGUUACAAACCCUACCAGUAUGGGUAUCAAGAUGGCCGACUCAUCGUCGCCUCGCGAACCGUCUUCACCAGCACGAGGCGAAGAUGUUGACCUACCUGAUGCACCACCAUUAUCAAAUGCAGACGAAUCUCUAGACGCAGGAAAUAGCACUACGAAUCAGAACGGCGUAGCCCUCGAAGAUCUCUUCGACGACGACGAUGCAGACGCCCUGGAUGAAGAGCUGGAAGCCUCCAGCGCCGCCAAUCUACCUUCAUCACCGCCACAGCCGGCAAUGUCUUCAUCCAUUGAACCUGCCUCUUCAGCGCAGCAGGAAUCAUAUUCAGAUCCCAAUUUGAUGCUCCAGUUUUACUCCCGCCUCUUUCCCUUCCGCACCCUCUUCCAGUGGCUCAAUCACUCGCCCAAACCAGGUCCGGACUUUGCCAAUCGCGAGUUCGCCCUGACUCUUCCCAACGAUGCCUACCUCCGAUAUCAGUCCUACCCGACAGCAGACACCCUGCGGAAAGAUAUUCUACGGCACAAUCCGUCGCGAUUCGAGAUUGGACCCGUCUACACAACCAAUCCCCGAGACAGGAAGACUUUGAAAAAGAGCUCGAUGUUCCGCCCCCUCAGCAAGGAGAUAGUCUUCGAUAUAGAUUUGACCGACUACGACGACAUUCGAACGUGCUGCUCAAAGGCCAACAUAUGCUCCAAAUGCUGGGGUUUUGCGACCAUGGCGAUCAAAGUUGUGGACGUUGCACUCAGGGAUGACUUCGGAUUCGACCACAUCAUAUGGAUAUACUCCGGCCGUCGUGGUGUGCACGCGUGGAUCAGCGACAAGGAUGCACGAGAAUUGGACGAUGACAAGCGGAAAGCCAUCACAGGCUACUUCGAGGUACUCAAGGGUGGCGCACAAGGUGGCAAGAGAGUCAAUCUCAAGCGCCCACUGCAUCCUCACAUUGUACGCAGUCUUGAUAUCUUGAGACCAUAUUUUCAACAGGUCCUGGUCGAUCAAGAACCGUUUCUCUCACAGGCUGGUCAGGAUCGGUUACUGCAGCUGCUGCCAGACAGAUCACUCAACGAGGCGCUCGCGAAGAAAUGGGCGAGCAGUCCCGAUCGGCCCAGCACGCGGAAAUGGGCGGACAUUGAUGCGCUUGCGGAAACGGGUGUCAGUAAAACUCUCAACACAAAGGCUCUAUUGGAGGCUAAGCAGGACAUCCUGCUCGAGUACACCUACCCACGUCUCGAUGUCGAAGUCGGCAAGAAGAGGAUUCACUUGCUCAAGAGUCCCUUUGUGGUGCAUCCCGGCACAGGACGAGUUUGUGUGCCCAUCACGGCGGCUGGUGACAUGAAGCUCGCAGAGGCCUUCGAUCCGUUGACCGUGCCCAAAGUCAAUGAGCUGCUCCGGGAGGUUGACCAAUUUGGGAACGGCGCGGACGACGGCGAGAACCAAGCCAAUGGGUUUGUCGAAGAUGGGCUCACGAUGAGGAAAUUGAAUGACUGGGAAAAGACCAGUCUCAAGCCUUACGUGGAGUUGUUUGACGGUUUUGUGAAGUCCUUACUCAAGAGUGAAAUGGUUCGUGUCAAGCGAGAAAGAGACGAUGAUGGUGUUACUGGGACGGACGGCAUGGAGUUCUGAGGAGGUCAAUGACUGUUUCUGGUAAGCGUACGAUAAGGCGUUGAUGGACAUGC